AUGCCAGCAGCCUCCCCGAAUGCGGUAUUUGUCUCUUACAGACCAGCCGGUUCCUGCUGGAGGCUCCUGAUAUCAUCUGGGGAGAUGACGUCCAGGCCCCCCGACUGCCUGCUGCGGCUGCUCCGGGGUGCCCCGAGGCAGUGGGUCUGCACCCUGUUCGUCAUCGGCUUCAAGGUCACGUUUUUUGUCUCCGUCAUGAUCUAUUGGCACGCUGUGGGAGAGCCUGGGGGCCAGGGACAGUUCUCGAACCUGCCUGCCGACAUCCCCUGCCCCCACUUGGUCCCCACCACACCGCCCUCUGCCACCCCGCCUCCAGGCAACAUCUUCUUCCUGGAGACUUCUGACCGGACCAAUCCCAACUUCCUGUUCAUGUGCUCAGUGGAGUCUGCAGCCAGGGCCCACCCCGAGUCCCGGGUGGUGGUCCUGAUGAAGGGGCUGCCUGGCGGAAAUGCCUCCCUGCCCCGGCACCUGGGCCUCUCGCUUCUGGGCUGCUUCCCCAACGUCCGGAUGCUCCCGCUGGACCUGGAGGAGCUGUUCCAGGACACGCCGCUGGCAGCCUGGUAUGUGGCCCUGCAGCAGCGGUGGGAGCCCUACGUGCUGCCUGUGCUCUCCGACGCCUCCAGGAUUGCGCUCAUGUGGAAGUCCGGAGGCAUCUACCUGGACACGGACUUCAUCGUCCUCAAGAACCUGAGGAACCUGACCAACGCACUGGGCACCCAGUCCCGCUAUGUCCUCAAUGGCGCCUUCCUGGCCUUCGAGCGCCACCACGAGUUCAUGGCGCUGUGCAUGCGUGACUUCGUGGCCCACUACAACGGCUGGAUCUGGGGCCACCAGGGCCCGCAGCUGCUCACGCGGGUCUUCAAGAAGUGGUGCUCCAUCCGCAGCCUGGGCGAGAGGCACGCCUGCCGCGGCGUCACCACCCUGCCCUCCGAGGCCUUCUACCCCAUCCCCUGGCAGAACUGGAAGAAGUACUUCGAAGACAUCAGCCCUGAGGAGCUGUCCCGGCUGCUCAACGCCACCUACGCUGUCCACGUGUGGAACAAGAAGAGCCAGGGCACCCGUUUCGAGGCCACGUCCAGGGCACUGCUGGCCCAGCUCCACGCCCGCUACUGCCCCACCACUCACGAGGCCAUGAAGAUGUACUUGUGAGGGGCCUGCCAGGCUGCCUCACCACACCCGGUGUCCUGAUGGAGAAGGGCUCUGGGUCACCCUUCCCAGGGAGGCCUGAGCUUCUGCAGCCCAGGAUCUGGGGCAGGCUGUGGGGAGAGCAGAGAACUGUG